AUUCCUCUGAUGAACUCUACAAGAUGACUGUAAUUCUUCAUGGUCUUGUUAUGGCAUCUGAAAUAACAGUCAACUGUUGCCUUGAAUCAGGCAUAGGAUGUCUGAGUGCACUGCAAGAAAAAUACAAACAUGUUAUUGGAUCCAAUUUGGAUAGCACAAGACAAGUUUUGUUUGAACUCAAAGCACAGUUUUAUGAGAAGAAAAUUUAUCAUCCAAAAGUUGUGACAUUAUGCAGAGAAAUUGAAACCUGGCUAAAGAAAAAGAGAGCAAAAACAAAAGAUUCAGAGCAAAAGAUCUUAAUUCUGGUACAGAGGGACAUACCUAGUUUGCUGAGUUGUUUGAAAAAAGCAUUAAACCUUGGUAAUUUGCUAAGUCCUUGCAUAUUGUCUUCAUCUGAAUCAGAACAUAUAAUAGAUAGCUUAGAUAAACAUAAUUGUGUAAUUGCACCUACAAAGAUGGUUUGUGAAAAUUUCCCAUGGGCGCAGUUCAGCCUUGUGGUAGAAUAUGAAAAUGAAACAUCAUCACAAUGGCAACAACUUUGUGAGAGGCAGCAUAUAAGACAUAUUGUACUUUGUAUACAGUCAGACAAAAAUAAAGAUACAACAACUUUGACUUUGGAAUAUCCUGAAGAACAGAUAUGUCUAAUUGGAUCUCAAAAAGUCGUACAGAGCAUUGAACUUCUACAACUAUUGGAAACAAGACAUAACAUUCUUCUGCUAGUGAGAGAUUAUAGCCUGAUAGGAGGUGCCAAGCAUUUGUUCUUUUCUGAUAUUGAUGUUGAUGCAAGCACAGGAAUUGUCUUAGAAGACAUUAAAGACUUGAAUGAUGAUUGUGCUGUUCAAAACCUUGUUACAAAGAUGGUGGCUCUUAGUUUGAAAUAUGUCAACUGCUGGUUAAUCUUAUUUGCAAACACCAGAACUGGAAGCUACCAGUAUCCAGGCCAUGUCAUAAAUAAUAUUGGUAGAUUACAGGCUGCAGCUGCAAAUUUUGUAGACAAAUCCAGUUACUUUAAAGCAAGGAUAUUGUUUUGUGAAGGUUGCAGUGAGGUGUCCUGUAUAGUUCGAAGCAUUAGUGAGAAUUGUAUGGCUCUCAGCAAAUCAAAAGAACAGUGGUUAAAUAGGACAUGGUUGAGGGAUGAAAUUCAACAGGAUGAAAGGGCGUUACUCAUGCUUCCCUGUCUUAGUUCAUUCAG